CUUCAAUUCCAGCGUUGCUAUCAUUACUGGCAUUGUCGCCUGUACUCAUGUUGGUGCCGAUAUGGUGCCAUUAUCUGCGCCACCCUCCUUGUCUUCGUUUCUAAUAAUUCCGCCGAUAAUUGGCACGUUAUUUCCCAUAUCACUAUCGAAAAAGUCCAAGAUUGUCCUGCCCGCGAUUAGGCCUGCAGCCGCUCCAGCAAACCUUCCUCCCAGGAAGCUCGAUGCACCUGUGAUAAUACCCAAUGCAGGAACCAAAUUGACAACAGGCCUGAAUAAUGCGGGAUAAGAAAUAGCUACACUUGCACCAACGCUGACCACUCCGGAUACGCCCGAGGCGAUUGGCUCAUCGGCACCGAUCUUGUAGUAAUCGUUUUGACAAUAGGUGCGCCAAUGACAGCAUGUGUGAGAACCGGUAUAGCGGCAAUAUAGCUAAUUUUCAUUAUUGUUAUAUACUAUAUACUAUAUAUUAUAUAGAAAAAUAGAGGUAAUAGAGGUAAUAAUAUACAUGGGCCUG